GGAGGACCGGGACCGGGAACGGACCGGGAGAGAGAAUGGGUGCUGCCGCCGUGCGCCGCCCCGGGCCGGUCUGCUGGGCGCUGCUGCUCGCCCUGGGGCUGUGCCGCGCGCACCGGGCGCGCCCCCGCCACGUGCUGCUGAUCCUGGCGGACGACGGGGGCUUCGAGAGCGGCGCCUACAACAACAGCGCCAUCGCCACGCCGCACCUGGACGCCCUGGCCCGGCGCAGCCUGGUCUUCCGCCACGCCUUCACCUCCGUCAGCAGCUGCUCGCCCAGCCGCGCCAGCCUCCUCACGGGCCUGCCCCAGCACCAGAACGGGAUGUACGGCCUGCACCAGGGCGUGCACCACUUCAGCUCCUUCGAGGGCGUGCGGAGCCUGCCGCUGCUGCUCAGCCGCGCCGCCGUGCGCACAGGCAUCAUCGGGAAGAAGCACGUGGGGCCGGAGGCCGUGUUCCCCUUCGACUUCGCGCACACGGAGGAGACGGACUCAGUGCUCCAGGUGGGCCGCAACAUCACCAGGAUCCGGCUGCUGGUCCGCGAGUUCCUGCGGACGGGCGACAGCAGGCCCUUCUUCCUGUACGUCGCCUUCCACGACCCCCACCGCUGCGGGCACUCCCAGCCCCAGUACGGGGCCUUCUGCGAGAAGUUCGGCAACGGGGAGAGCGGCAUGGGGCGCAUCCCAGACUGGACCCCACAGGUCUACGACCCCCAGGAUGUGCAGGUGCCUUACUUCGUCCCCGACACCCCGGCAGCCCGGGCUGACCUGGCCGCUCAGUACACCACCAUCAGCCGCAUGGACCAAGGGGUCGGGCUGGUGCUGCAGGAGCUGCAGGCGGCCGGCGUCCUGAACGACACCCUGGUGAUCUUCACCUCCGACAACGGCAUCCCCUUCCCCAGCGGCAGGACCAACCUGUACUGGCCGGGCGCCGCCGAGCCCCUGCUGGUGUCGUCCCCGGAGCACCCGAGACGCUGGGGCCAGGUCAGCGAGGCCUACGUGAGCCUCCUCGGACCUGCUGAACCGCACGGUGGCCGGCCGGCCCACGCGCUGGUACAAGGACCUGCACGGCUACUACUACCGGGAGCGCUGGGAGCUCUACGACCUCCGCCGCGACCCCCGCGAGACCCAGAACCUGGCUGCCGACCCGCGCUACGCCCCGACGCUGGAGCUGCUGCGGGCCCAGCUGGCCAAGUGGCAGUGGGAGACCCAGGACCCCUGGGUGUGCGCCCCCGAUGGGGUCCUGGAGGAGAGGCCCUCGCCCCAGUGCCGGCCCCUGCACAACGAGCUGUGAGCCGCACGCGCCUUCCCCCGGCCCGGUCCUCGCGCCCCUGCCAGGGAGGGCGCAGCCAGCCUCGGGCACAGGCACAGCCGCCUCCCGUGCAGCCCAGGAGGGCGCUCUCUGGUGCUGGCCUCCUUCCCGCCUCUGCCUGGAGGGGCACAGAGGGCGCGUCUCCACCGUGCCAUGGGACAUCGCCACCCUGUGUCUGAGCCGUGUCCCAGCACAGGAGUUCCAGGGCGACCUAGGACGGGUGUGGACACAGGGUCGUUUCCUCGGUUGGGUCCCGGGACCCUCGUUCUCUGAAGCCACGGAUGUCCGUGCCCUUCCCGUGAGAGGAGAUGAGGGGCUGUGUGCGCCACGGGGGUGGAGACGGGUCCGACCCCUCUGGGAGCAGUGUUGGUUUAUUGACCUCUGGCCCUGAACACACGGGACACCGGGCCCAGUCCCCGGCCCUGGGCUGGUUUCCGGGGGGACCGCUCCCUGCAGGCUCUGAGCAGCAGGUGUGAGCCUGUGGGUGUCCAUCCUUUAGGCGCCCCGCGAUGCCGUCCCGUCUGCACGCUGGUCCCUUCUGUGGAGGACUCAGGUCUAGCGCAGACGGCGCCCGAAGGCUCCAGGCCCUUCCCCUCCCAGCGUGGAAGCAGAGGCUCUGCCCGGGAAACCCGGGAGGGCGCUCUCUCUCUCGAUGGGGGGCUCCUGUCACCCCGCCCUCCCCUUCUGCUUCCUCCUGGGGGCGAGGGUAAGCCACAGGCCAGAACACUGUACACGCUUAUUUUAGUAAAACACGCAAGUCCGUUUCUGAA